CGCGACCACAAUUCCGCGCAAAUUCGAAAUUUAAUGUUCGUUUGAAUUCGACGGUUAAACAGCGUUGUCUUUCAUUUGUUAUAUGAUCCUUUGUUUCUUAGAAGAAUCAAGUUGCUUGCUUGGUGCGCAUCUAGUUGAGUGUAGAACAGUAUAGAACGUCUACUGUAAACCACGGAGCAAUAAGGACGUCGGUCUUCCAAUCUUUAGAAUUCGCUGACUGAUCUCUGGCAGCCUUAAGGAUCACCAUGAGUUACUACGCUGUUGUUAACGGGCGUAAUCCUGGAAUAUAUUCGAGCUGGGAUGAAUGCAAGAGCCAGGUGGAUAAAUAUUCUCAUGCUGUCUACAAGAAAUUUUCUAGCCUGAACGAAGCAAAUCGGUUUAUGAAAAACGAUGGUGUCUCUUCUUGUUCCAGCCAUGAUGACUAUUAUGAAGAAUCACAUGGUUCAGGAGGUGUACACUGUGGUACAUCGCAAAGAUCAUAUUCAACACAGGGAGGAUAUACUUUUGAUAUCGAUUCUGAUGGUUACGUUAAUGUUUAUACGGAUGGUGCAUGUAGUUCCAAUGGAUAUUCUCAUGCCAAAGCUGGUAUAGGUGUUUAUUUUGGAGAUAAUCAUCCUCUAAAUGUUUCGCAACCUGUCUCAGGUAGAGCCACUAAUAAUAAUGCAGAGAUUCAGGCAGUAAUAAAGGCUCUGGAGCAGGCCAAGAAGGCUAAUAUAAAAAAUAUUAAAAUCAAUACAGAUUCACAAUUUCUAAUCAAUUGCAUCAAUGAGUGGAUGCCCAAGUGGAAAAGAAAUGGCUGGCGCACCAGCAAUGGCAAAAACGUAAUAAACAAGCAAGAGCUAAUACAAAUGGAAAAUGCCAUGAAUGGCUUGAACGUUAUUUUUGAGUAUGUUCCAGGACAUAAAGGUAUUUAUGGUAAUGAAAUGGCAGAUAAGCUAGCAUGCGAAGGUGCUGCAGACUAUAGAGGCUAAACCGUUACUGAUGUAUUUCUAUUCUAUUCAUAUAUAUUUCUGUUCUAAUAAUCAAACAGGUUGAUUUAAUAAUAUAUUCAUGUUUUGUAAUAAAAUGUUCAUUUAUUACAUCUUAUUCGAUAUUGUGUCGAUUCUCACAUUAUACAAGAGAAUAAAGAGAAUCUAUUUUG